GCAUGCUCAAAACAGUAAUGGAAGCUGGGAAAGAUGUAGGCUGGUGUGGCGCGGUGGAGACGAAUGUCACUGCUGAUGUCUGUAAAGAGCUCCUGGAUAAGGGGUUUGUCGUGGUCGACGGCAUCUUCGGGAGAGGAACGAGCGAAACAUUCUACAAGGAGUUAGAAUGGCUGUACAAGAAUGGGCACAUGCUGCCCAAUCAGGUACAAUUUCAGACAUCUGGAGGGCCUGUAAUAUUAGAAAAACCUAACAUUUUUGAAGCUGACAUGCAUGAUAGCAAACUGACAAAAUUGAGUGAAAUCGGUCACUUUAGGCAAGUUUUUGAGAAUGGUGACAAGUUGGUGAAUAUAUUCAACAAGCUCGUGCCAUUGGGCCUGAAAGAGGGUCAAAAGCAUCGCACGGUCAAGUUACAAUAUAAUAGUGGUGGAGGCGGUUGUUUUCCAUGGCAUUAUGACAACCCAUCUCGCCCGAACAACCGUGGCCUGACUAUGCUGGUCUACCUAAACAGCGACUGGGUACAAGGGAACGGUGGGGAGCUGGAAUUGCUGCCAUUCCUGGAGCGCAACGUGGUUAUACCCCCGCUGAUGGACCGGGCUGUUCUUUUUCUAAGUGAUCGCGUCUUGCACCGGGUGCUGCCAUGCAACUCACGUCGACUCUGCUUCACAAUCUGGUUUGAUUCGGCGACAGUUAACAGUGAUGAUGACGUAUUCCUGAAAGCUAAACACCUUAAGCCAUCUGCCGUGGAUACGCUGAAGAGCACGUCGCUACAGAGAAUACUAUCCCGUGCCGUGUAUCGGGAAGAAUACGAGCAGAGUUUACUGGAUUGCUUUGGCCAUGCUGAGGGAGGCGGCGUGGAGUCCAGGGCCUGCAAGAUCUCGUUAAAACUCCACAGUGCACACCUGCAAGGUCUGCUCAAAGACGACCAAAUGGUGGAGUUUGUCGAGUACCUGCGUCGACUAAAACCCCCAGUUUCUGCUACUGGAGAAAGUGCCGCAUCGAGCUAACCAUGCUGUUGCUCAGGUGGUCAUGCGUGCCGGGAUGUGUUGUUCCCUUGUGCUUGAGAACUCAAUGUUUUGUCGCAUCAUAUUGGGCUAAAUAGUGUUGUCUUGGCACCAGCUUAUGCAAUGCAUGCUUGGUCUUUUUACGUCCGCUGUUAUGCUGCUGCUUAUUAAUUUUAGAAACAUGUUUACGGCUGGCCGGCUUGGCAUGUAUUUGCUCCAUGGAUUUCCAUUGACUGGAAAUGUAGGUGUUUUCUUAGAAAUCGGCGAGGUUAAAUCCCAAUCUGACAAUGAUCAAAUAAUCCAAA